AGACGGGAAUAUCACAUUGUGGUUCUAGGUGCUGGAGGUGUGGGGAAAAGUUGUCUUACUGCUCAAUUCGUUCAGAAUGUGUGGAUCGAAAGCUAUGACCCCACGAUUGAAGACUCCUAUCGAAAGCAGAUUGAGGUCGAUACUCGAUACGGCAGGGACCGAGCAGUUCACCGCUAUGAGAUGCCAGCUUCAGCUCGCCACAUGGUGCUAACCAUCUUUCUCUCACUCUCCAGGGAACUUUACAUGAAGCAGGGUCAAGGCUUUCUGCUCGUAUUCUCCAUCACCAGCAUGUCAUCCUUGAACGAGUUGUCCGAACUGAGAGAGCAGAUCAUCCGGAUAAAGGAUGAUGAGAAAGUCCCCAUUGUCAUUGUGGGCAACAAAUCCGAUCUGGAGGAAGACCGCGCUGUUCCGCGGGCUCGAGCAUUCGCACUUUCCCAGAGCUGGGGUAAUGCUCCCUACUAUGAAACUUCGGCGCGUCGGAGAGCGAACGUCAACGAGGUCUUUAUUGAUCUUUGCCGGCAAAUAAUCAGAAAAGAUAUGCAAGGAAACUCGUCCAGCGGUUCCGACAGUCUAGCAAGAAAGCGUGAAGGCGCCGGUCGUUACGAUAAGAAGAAAGAAAAGAAACGACGAAAGGGCCCCUGUGUCAUCUUAUAA